CAUUGUUCCUGCUGCGCAGCUACGUGCGCGCACCUAAGGACGGCCAUGUUCGCCGCGAGAAAGCUUUGUGAACGCGCUGUGACAGUUUUUACUGUACUGCCGCGAACAAAUCUGAAUAAAUAAUCUUUGUAUCAUAUUCACCUCGUUGGAUUGCUUCUUGCGAGACAUUGUGAACUGACAAAUAACUACAUCAAAUAAUACUUUGCUGGAAAAGGUUGCUGGAGAAUGGCCGCCGAGGUGAACGGCAGCUCUGCACAAGUGAAGGAGGAGGUGAAGGAAGAGGAGGAGGUGAAGGAGGAGGAGGAGCCCAUGGACAUCGGUGUUACGCACACUGAGAACUACCAAACACUCAUCGAUGCUGGUCUUCCGCAGAAAGUAGCUGAGAGGCUGGACAACAUCUUUCAGACAGGGCUUGUGGCGUAUGCUGACCUGGAUGAGCGGGCCAUUGAUGCCCUGCGGGAGUUCAACGAGGAGGGAGCACUCUCCGUGCUGCAGCAGUUCAAGGAGAGCGACUUGUCUCAUGUGCAGAAUAAAAGUGCGUUCCUGUGUGGCGUCAUGAAGACCUACAGACAGAGAGAAAAGCAAGGGAACAAAGUGCAAGAAUCCACCAAGGGGCCCGAUGAGUCUAAGAUAAAGGCCCUCCUAGAGAGGACAGGGUACACCCUGGACGUCACCACAGGACAGAGGAAGUAUGGGGGACCCCCACCCGAGGGGGUGUUUUCAGGAACGCAGCCUGGGGUCGGAACAGAGGUUUUUGUAGGAAAGAUUCCAAGAGACCUAUACGAAGAUGAGCUGGUCCCCCUGUUUGAGAAGGCCGGUCCCAUCUGGGACCUGCGGCUGAUGAUGGAUCCACUGUCGGGUCAGAACCGAGGCUACGCCUUCAUCACCUUUUGCAACAAGGAGGCGGCGCAAGAGGCAGUCAAACUGUGUGAUAACUAUGAAAUCCGGUCAGGAAAAUACCUGGGUGUGUGCGUCUCCGUUGCAAACAACCGCUUGUUUGUGGGAUCAAUUCCGAAAAACAAGACCAGAGAAAGCAUUUUGGAAGAUUUCAGCAAAGUUACAGAGGGCCUCAUGGAGGUCAUCCUGUACCACCAGCCGGACGACAAGAAGAAGAACCGCGGCUUCUGCUUCCUGGAGUACGAGGACCACAAGUCUGCCGCACAGGCCCGCCGCCGGCUCAUGAGCGGCAAAGUGAAGGUGUGGGGGAACCCGGUCACGGUGGAGUGGGCUGACCCGGUAGAGGAACCCGACCCAGAGAUCAUGGCAAAGGUGAAGGUGCUGUUUGUGAGGAAGCUGGCCACGGCUGUCACAGAGGAGCUCUUGGAGAAGACUUUCUCUCAGUUCGGGAAGCUGGAGCGCGUGAAGAAGCUGAAAGAUUACGCCUUUGUUCACUUCCAGGACAGAGACGCGGCUGUUAAGGCAAUGGAAGAGAUGAACGGGAAGGAGCUAGAGGGAGAGCAGAUUGAGAUCGUUCUGGCCAAACCUCCAGACAAAAAGAGGAAAGACAGACAGGCGGCACGGCAGACGUCCAGAAACGUGGGGUACGAUGAUUAUUAUUACUAUCCUCCACCACGCAUGCCGCCCCCCAUGAGAGGCAGGGGCCGUGGGGCUAGGGGGGGCUAUGCUUACCCUCCAGACUACUACAGCCACGAGGAGUACUAUGACGAUUACUACGGCUAUGACUAUCACGACUACCGGGGCGGAUACGAAGACCCCUACUACGGCUACGACGACGUCUACCCCCCCAGAGGGAGGGGAGGCCGGGUGAGCAGGGGCGCGCCCCCUCCCCCUCGCGCCCGGGGUGCACCGCUCCCCCGCGGGAGAGGAGGCUACCCCCAGAGGGGGGUGCCUCUGGGCGCGCCAAGGGGCGGCCGGGGAGGCCGGGGAGGCCCGUCCCAGCAGCAGAGGGGCCGCGGCGCUCGGGGCUCCAGGGGAAACCGCGGGGGCAACGUGGGCGGGAAGAGGAAGGCCGACGUGUACAACCAGCCUGACUCCAAGCGGCGCCAGACCAACAACCAGCAGAACUGGGGGUCCCAGCCCAUCGCCCAGCAACCCCUGCAGCAAGGUGCCGACUAUUCCGGUAACUAUGGUUACAGUAAUGACACCCUGGAGUUUUCUCAGGAUUCUUAUGGGCAACAGUGGAAGUAGAUUCAAGUAAGGCUAUUGGGCAAAAAAAAAAGGAAAUUGGCUGCAACCUUUUGAUUGGCUUUUUAUCUUUCAUCCUUCACCUCCUUAAUUGAAAUGUAUAAAAAAAAGACAUGCCACAAAAGAAUUGGCUUUACUUCCUCCAUGAUGAAGUGUUGAUUGGCUGGAAAUGGGACACUUUUGGGCUUUAAACGGAAACAAAUUUUAUUGCAUUUUUUCCUUUGAGUUUUUUCUUUUAAGUCAACAUUAAAUAUUUCGGUGGACCCUUAUUUUCCAAAGUUUGAGAAGAGAAAAUCAUGAGUGUGUCCUGCUGGAAGCAAAAGGGUUUUUCCCCCUGGACUUUUUCCCUUUCAGGUUUCUAAUAGAGUGGCAUAGGGAUUUGCGUGUAUAUAAAAAGCUUAAAGCUCAAGCUUGAUUUUCGGUUGUUUUGCUGAAAUGGGGAAAAUAAUCCAUAGAAAAAGGAAACCUUUCCAAUUUUGUAUUCAGAAAUAACAUGUACUCUUAGCAUUUUGUAGAAGUAGAUUGUGUUUUUUUUUUUGUUUGCUUGUUUUUUUUUUAACUGUUAUGACUUCAGACAUUUUUCUCAAGAAUUUGCCCAAAUUUGGUUUGGCUCCAGAGCCACUACAGUUUGUUCUGAUGUUUGUAUUUAAAUCUUUUGAUUGUUACAUUUCAAUAAAACUCAACUGAAUACCA